AUGUCACAAAAUUUACACUCAUUUGAUUUUACUGAUAAGUUGAAUCUGGAAGAAGGACUUACUUUCGUUUCAUGGGAACAGGCAAAAUUAUUUUUUGAUAAUUUUGCAUUACAAGAGGGUUUUAGUUAUAGGAUUAGACGAAGCGAAUCUGAAGAUGGUAUUGUAACAAGGUUAACAUAUGAAUGUACAAAAUCAGGCAAACACAAUCCACAAAUUACAACAGAUCCUACAAAACAUCAUAAUGUCCAUUCUCAAAAAACAGAAUGUCCAUGGCAUAUUAAUCUUUCUUUUCCAAAGUCAAGUAAUGUAAUAAAAAUUAAUUCCUUUGUAAAUGCACACAAUCAUUCUUUGGACACAAUGAUAGGUGAAAUGGUACCUCAAUCUCGGAAACUUACCUCUUCCAUGUUAAAAGAUAUCAAAAAAUAUGUGGUUAAAGGAAGGAUGGACAAAAAAUAUGCAAAGGUGGUGAAAAUUCUAACAUAA